AUGAGGUCCUCUGUGUCCCGGCAGACUUACUCCACGAAGGGAGGCUUCAGCUCUAACUCAGCCAGCGGAGGGGGCGGGAGUCGGAUGCGAACCAGCUACAGCUCGGUGACCAUGUCCAGGAACAGCGGCAGCGGCAGUGGCGGUGUGGUCCGCUCUUGCCCCGGCUCUGGGGGCUUCGGCAGCCGGAGCCUCUAUAAUUUGGGAGGCAAGAACAUCUCUGUCAGUGUGGCUGGUGGAGCCUCCUCUGGCCGGGCACUAGGAGGCUUUGGCAGUGGGGUCUAUGUGGGCCUAGGGGCUGGCAGGCAGACAUUUGGGCCAGUCUGUCCUCCUGGGGGAAUUCAGGAAGUCACUGUCAACCAGAGUCUGCUGACACCUCUCAAUGUGGAGAUAGAUCCUGAGAUCCAGCGGGUACGCACCCAGGAGCGCGAGCAGAUCAAGACCCUCAACAACAAGUUUGCGUCCUUCAUCGACAAGGUACGUUUCCUGGAGCAGCAGAACAAGGUGCUGGAGACCAAGUGGGCCCUGCUGCAGGAGCAGAGCCAGAACGUAGGGGUCGCCCAGAGCCUGGAACCCUUCUUUGAGACUUUCCUGAGCAACCUGAGGAGGCAGCUGGAUGCCAAGCAGAGCGAGCGUGGGAGGCUGGAUAUGGAGCUGAGGAGUGUGCAAGACAAUCUGGAGGACUUCAAGAACAAGUACGAGGAUGAAAUCAACAAGCGCACUGCCUUGGAGAAUGAAUUUGUGUUGCUCAAGAAGGAUGUAGAUGCUGCAUAUAUGGGCAGAAUGGAUCUGCAUGGCAAAGUGGACACCUUGAACCAGGAGAUUGAAUUCCUGCAACAUCUGUUUGAGGCGGAGCUGAGCCAAGUGCAGACCCAUGUGUCCGACACCAAUGUGGUGCUCUCCAUGGACAACAACCGCAGCCUGGACUUGGACAGCAUCAUCGCUGAGGUCAAAGCCCAGUAUGAGCUGAUUGCCCAGAAGAGCCGGGCUGAGGCUGAGUCCUGGUACCAGACCAAGUAUGAAGAGCUGCAGGUGACAGCUGGGAAGCAUGGGGACAGCCUUCGAGACACCAAAAAUGAGAUUGCAGAACUCACCCGCACCAUCCAGAGACUGCAAAGUGAGGUGGAUGCAACCAAGAAGCAGUGCCAGCAGCUGCAGACCGCCAUUGCAGAAGCGGAGCAGCGUGGGGAGAUGGCGCUCAAGGACGCCAAGAAGAAGCUUGGAGAUCUAGACACAGCCCUGCACCAGGCCAAGGAGGACCUGGCCCGGCUGCUUCGUGACUACCAGUCUCUCAUGAAUGUCAAGCUGGCCUUGGAUGUGGAGAUCGCCACCUACCGCAAGCUACUGGAGAGCGAGGAGAGCAGGAUGUCCGGAGAGUGUCCCAGCGCAGUCAGUAUCUCGGUGACUGGCAACUCUACCUCGGUGUGUGCAGGCGGUGCGACCAGCUUCGGGAGCGGCCUCUCUCUGGGCGGGGCUGGCGCGGCCAGCAAGGGUGGCUUCAGUGCCAACGUGAGCUACGGCACUGCCAAGGGCGGGCAGGUCUCUGGGGGAACCUCCAUCCUGCGGAAGACCACCACGGUCAAGACCUCUAGCCGGAGAUACUAG